UGGCGAGUUCUACACAUGGCGGACAGUUGACAAUAGUGUAACGGCUUUUUGGCGCUUAGCUGUCCCUUAGCCGUUGAUUUCGCGAGUUUCGUGUCUAUUUGUGUCGUUUUCGCGUUAAAUUCUUCCGGUUUUGUGUUAAGUUUAGUGCUGUGCUGUAUUCCAAGGAAGGGGUUGAUAGGUAUUAUAAAUUACGAAUCAGUGAUUAUUAGUUAAAUUUGUGAUACUUCUGUGCAAUGGGAGGAACUCAAUCGACGCACGAGCCUUUGGAUAGAUCAAGGAGUACUUCGUUCAAACGACAUGCCAGCUGCCGACAUUCUAAGGGCCGCUCCCCUCGUAGGAUGGACCGACUGCGGCGGAGUUUCCGUGACAGUUUCCGCCGCCGCAAGGACCACGUUCCCGAGAGCUCCAAGCCUCAUCAGUGGCAGGCAGAUGAGUCGGCUGUGAAGGCAGGCACUUGCCAGUUCCAUGUCAAGUAUCUCGGAUGUGUUGAAGUUUUUGAGUCAAGGGGAAUGCCUGUGUGCGAAGAAGCGCUUAAAGUUUUACGGAACUCUCGGCGGAGACCUGUCAAAGCUUUACUUCAUGUGUCAAGUGAUGGACUAAGGGUAGUCGAAGACGAAACCAAGGGACUGAUAGUGGACCAGACGAUAGAGAAGGUAUCGUUCUGUGCGCCAGACAGGAACCAUGAUAAAGGGUUCUCUUACAUUUGCAGGGAUGGCACCACUCGGCGCUGGAUGUGCCACGGGUUCCUGGCACUCAAGGAGUCUGGUGAGAGGCUAAGUCACGCUGUGGGAUGUGCGUUUGCCGCUUGUUUGGAACGCAAGCUGCGACGAGACAAGGAGUGUGGUGUGACGAUGAGCUUUGACACCAGCAACAACACGUUCACUCGAACUGGCAGCUUCCGACAACCUACUAUCACGGACAGGCUCAGCGAGAAACAGGAGAACAACAAAACCAACUCUGAAGUGCCAGUAGCCACGGUAGCGCCUCAGACGCAGACAACACCUAAGCCUAUCAGCAACCCUCAUGCGAUAGAACGACCCCACGCCAACAUAGCCAUGCUACAACGACAAGGCUCCUUCCGCGGCUUUAACCAGCUGAACCAGGCGAGUCCUUUUAAGCGGCAACUCUCGUUGAGGAUCAGCGACUUGCCGAGCAAUUUGGAGCGAACUCGAGCAAUGAGUCUGCAAGUAGAUGACUCAAGAACUCCAGCACUUAUACAUCUGAAAACUCCAGUCAGUCCCAUACCUGAAGUGUCACCACACAGUGACAAAGCAGACCCUGUCAGUGCCAUGUGUCAACAGCUGUCUCAGGGACUGUCAAUGUUAUCCAACAAUGAUGACUUCCUUAGUUCUCUCAACAAGCAGCCGCCAGUGUCAGACAGUGUUGCAAAAAAUCUGUUUCCAACCAGUUCUACCACACCGGACUUGAAAGCGAACAUGAGCGCCCACAAUGACUCAAUCCUGUCAUCAAUAGACACGCUGAAGCUACAGAACUACAACAACAAUGUGAACAACGUGACUAACAACGCCACCCCUGCCACUGUGUGGUCACCCCCGACAGCUCUGACGCCCCCCGCCACCCCUCCUCUGCCAGCCUCACCACUCCCCCCCGUACGCAACCUGCCUCGCCCAGACCAGUGGCUAGGAAAGGUGGCAGCAGUGACUCUCUCUGGCAACUCCCCCGCUAUGAGCAGACGAACACCGAUGUUGUCUCAUCAUCUUCGUGCACAUUCUCUCGGGUCGGCUGAAUCAUAUUACUCGCAUCAAAAUACAAACGGCACAACAGACCCUUUUGACGCUGAGUGGGCAGCUAUAGCGUCGAGAAACGGCCAAUCACAGCACAGCACUAAUCCCUUCCUGACCAACAGCCCCACGAACGGAGCUACGCCGACGACCGCACCUGUUAAAGCUUUCCAAGUACAGAUGUGAGGGCAGGCCUACAGGCAUUAGACAUGUAGCUACUUGUGUUAUCGGUUUUCCGCUCGAUCGUUUCAUUUUAAGCUUCCAAGGUAUGAAAUUUCACAGUUGUGUAUGGUUGAUGAAAUGUUUCUAAUUAAAUAGAAAAGAUUUUACCUUAAGUUUUGCGCAGGUACUAUUCUUUUACUUUUUCAACACAAUUUAAAAGUACUUAAUUUCAUUCCCUAAGUUAUGUAUAAAAUGAAAUGGAAAUUAAAAAAUAAAACUUUUAAAGUUGAAAUGUUAUAUUUGAACAACGGCUUGUAUGUCUUAAGGACAGAUUGUUAUUUAGUCAGUAAGUUGUAGAUUGUAAAAGACGAGAAUGUUGUGAGUUAACAGAUAAAUCUAACGAUGUUGGUAACUAAGAUUUUCACUUUGUUAUCUAUUGAUAUUUAACUAAAAAUUUUAGUAUGUUGUUAUUAUAGUACUCUAUUCCAAAUUCACUUUUCAGUGUGGCUUUUGCAUUAUGUGUUUUUUUUUAGGUAUUUACUGUUACCGAUCUUAUUGUUGUAAAGCUUCAAAUAACUGCUGUAAUAGCUGUUUUGUUCUGAACAAAUUUUGAAUGCAUUAUUUAUUUGAACAAGUUGUUAAACCAGACCUUAUAGCAUUAUACCUCAAUAGCUUGCUCUGCAAUAUUUUCAUUCAAAUCUAGCAGAAAAUUAGUUUCUUCCCAUUUAAGCUAUACUUAAAUUUGAAUUUGGCAGAGUACAAUAUAAGUAACAAAUUGAGAUACAUAUCAUGUAUAUUGGAGGUGCUUUCGGUCCAGAAAUACAUUAGAAAUUUUGAACUUAUUAAA